GGCCGGCGCUAUUUGCGACAGGCGGCAAAUCAAUAAGUCACGCAGCGUCCUUCCCCUUCUCAACCACCUCCUCCUCGCGUCCUCUACACUCCUUUCUCCUCGCUAUCCGGACGUUCUUCCCUUCUCUAGUCCAUAACUACGCCAUAAUUGCUUUGUUCGCUACGCACCGACGCGCACGACUCGAAACUUUUCAACAUGCUCCCUCGCCAGCUCUCGCUGCUGGCCCUGGCGCUCGCGGCGGCUGCACCGGCUGCCCUGGCUCAGACUCACACACCCGGUUCGUUCGAGGAUGGAGGCAGCACGCUCGUCAGCGCGAUGAUGAUGUUCAUCGGCAACGACGAAGUCGUCUACAUCCUCGACAAGGCGGAGGGCAACGCAGCUCAGAUUGACGGGCACGCUGCCUGGGGCGCUGCGUACAACAUUGCGGGCCGUACGUCACAGACGAUGAGUGUGAUCACGAAUACGUUCUGCGCGUCAGGCAUGCACCUACCGAACGGGUCGUACGUGACGUUCGGCGGUAACGGGGCGGCGGGCCCUGGCGGAAACAUGGGCGACGUGCUCGCGCCGGGCGGCUACUCGGCGACAUACGACACGACGUACGGCGACUACUCUGGGUCGACGUCGAUCCGUAUCCUCAACCCGUGCAAGUGGGACGAGAUCUCGUCAAAUGCGGAUUGCCAAUGGUUUGACAACGCGACGCUGCUGCACAUGCAGAAGCAGCGGUGGUACUCUGCGGCGGAGCCGCUCGGCGACGGGUCGAUUGCGAUCAUUGGUGGGUUCGUCGAGGGUGGCUACAUCAACAGGAACUGGCCCAACAAGGAUCCGGCGACGGAGGGCGGUGCGGCUGAGCCGACGUACGAGUUCUAUCCGAGCAAGGGCGAUGCGACGGUCAUGAACUUCAUGAUCAAGACGUCCGGCCUGAACUCGUACGCACACACGUAUCUGAUGCCGUCUGGGAAGAUGUUCGUGCAAGCGAACCUGUCCACUAUGCUGUGGGAUUGGCAGAACAACCAGGAGACGGAGUUGCCCGCCAUGCCGGACGGUAUUAUCCGGGUGUAUCCCGCCUCCGGCGCUACUGCGAUGAUGCCGCUGACGCCUGCGAACGACUACUCGCCCAGUGUCUUGUUCUGCGGUGGUUCGGACAUGCCCGACUACUACUGGGGCAACUACUCGUGGCCGUUCUACAACACGUGGACGUAUGCCGCGUCGGCGAAGUGCCACUACAUUACGCCUGAGCCGACGGACGGCUCUGACCCGCAGUACGUGGAGACGGACGAUAUGCCGAAGGGCCGGACGAUGGGUCAGUUCGUCCACCUUCCCAAUGGCAAGAUGCUUGUCGUGAACGGUGGUUCGAUGGGUACGGCGGGUUUCUCGAAGCAGACGCUCUACGUCACCUCUCUGGCGGAUAUGCCGUACGACCAAUCGCUUGCUGCAGAUCCCGUCGGCCAGCCUGCCAUCUACGACCCCAAUGCGUCCUCCGGUUCUCACUGGUCGACAGAAGGCCUGAACACCUCGAGCAUUGCUCGUUUGUACCACUCUUCGGCCAUCCUGCUGCCCGAUGCUUCAGUUCUCAUCGCCGGGUCUAACCCCAAUCUCGAUGUCAAUAUGACCGCCAUCUACCCUACGACGUAUGAUGCCGAGGUCUUCUACCCACCGUACUUCUCCGCGACCACUCGCCCAUCUCCGCAGAACGUACCGAGCACGCUCAGCUAUGGUGGUGACUACUUUAACGUCUUACUCCCCGCAUCAUCGUACUCUGGCUCCGCCAACGACGCCGCCGACAACACCACCGUCUGGAUCAUCCGUACGGGAUGGACCACGCACGCCAUGAACAUGGGUCAGCGCUCCAUGCAGCUGAACAACACCUACACCGUCAACAGCAACGGUUCCAUCACCCUGCACGUCUCCCAGCUCCCACCGAACCCGAACCUCUUCCAGCCCGGCCCCGCCAUGCUCUUCGUCACCAUGUCUGGUGUCCCGAGCAAUGCCACCUUCGUCCUCAUUGGUAGCGGCGACUUUGGUGACCAGCCUACGUCCGCCGCAUCCGCUCUUCCCGCUAAGGUCCAACUCGACAAUGUGAGCGGUUCUGCCCCCAGUGGUUCUGGCGGUAGCUCUUCCUCCACGAGCUCUUCAGGCGACUCGUCGUCGUCUGGGAGUACCUCACACACUGGCGCCAUUAUCGGUGGUAUCGUUGGGGCCGUCGCGCUCGUCGGUAUCCUGGGUGCUGCCUUUGGUGUCUAUAUCGCACGCCAGAGGCGCGCCGCAUCGCAAGCGAAGCCAGCCUCGAUGUACGCCAUGUCCUCUGUUGGGGGCGCUGGUGCGCUCGGCAGGCGUGACGUGCGCAAUUCCGACUCAAGCGCGUUUGUGCCGCUGCAGCACGAGAACAAGAGCAUGUGGGAUGCAUCAGGGAACGCGAGCAACUUCAGCUUGUCACCCUAUCAUGACGAGCCGCGGAUGGGCGGGCCCAGCGGGGAAUUUGAUCCUUACUACCAGAACGCGCCUCGUCGGUGAACGGAGUACAGUAACGACCGGACUCAGUCUUUUUAUACAUUCCUCUUAGCGUGCCUCGCCUCUCCAUGAGGGCCGAUCGCUCGUUGGGCUUGUGUGAGUGCUCAUAGGUUCGUGUGAAUGCAUAGAUUUUCCAUUCCCGCUUUGUCUCUAAUCGUUAUACCCUUCCCCAUGCCGCAUGCUUCUUGUACCCGUCCGGUCCCAACAGUGAUAUCACUUUCAACUGGUACGGACAUUUACGACACGCGUCUCUCCCUCGUACUGUGGCACUACCGUGUCACUUGGACUCUUUCCCGAGCUUGAUUGGACUUGGCAGUAUGUAGGUAUACGAAUCAGCGGAAGUGCAAAGCCCAUUCAUGUCGUGGA